CGGUUAUACGAUCGGCAGGGACUGCAAAAGUUUUCCAAGUUUCUUUGACGAAAAAGCAAUUAGACGAAAACGCAGCCAAUAGCGUUGAUCAAAUGCUAGACGAGGAUAAAGAUGACUUCAACGUAUUACCCAAACCAAAACAGACGCGUGGAAAUAUAUUCUUGACCCCGUAUCAAGUUCAUAGACAUCUACGACUAUUGUUCGAGAACGAGCCAUUCAUAUGUGGACUUUUGUACGGAGAUAACACGUCGACAAAAGGAUCGUUUCAGAAACUUCAAAGCGCGAAUGAAUCGCGCGACCUUGCUUCAUUGGCUCCAGAUAAACAUGCAAGUGCUGACAUGUUCUUUGUCCAAGUAAUAUCUGUACCGCCUAAUCGAUUUCGUCCCACUUCGACUUUGGGCGAACAAGUAUACGAGAAUUCGCAAAAUACAAUGUUUACAAAAAUCCUAAACACUUGCGAGCGGAUUCGCGCAUUAAUGACAACAAGUGCGAAAAAACCCUCGGGAGAUCUUUUGUCUACAAUAUCUAUCGAAGAUUUGCCGCAGCAGCAAAUAGCUCUCUUCAAUAAUGAAUGGUUAGAGCUGCAAAACGAUGUUAAUGGUUUGGUAGAUUCUACUAAAUCGAAACGCGUGUACGAAGCAUUGCCUGGUAUCAGGCAAAUUUUAGAAAAAAAGGAAGGAUUGAUGAGGAAACAUCUUAUGGGAAAACGAGUCAAUUACGCUGCGAGAUCGGUAAUAUCUCCUGAUCCAAACGUAGAGACCGAUGAAAUAGGUGUCCCGGAAAUUAUUGCAAAAAAAUUGACAUAUCCUGAAGCCGUGACACCAUUCAACGUUCGAAACCUUGCAACGGCUGUCAUUAAUGGUCCCCAUAAAUGGCCGGGAGCAACACACAUUGAAUUUGAAGACGGGAAGUUGCAGGGACUGGCAUCCCUCUCCAUCGAAUCAAGAAUCGCUGUUGCGAAUACACUUGGCACACCGAGCAUGAUGCCGGCACCCUAUGACAGAUAUCAAACAGUAACCAAUACCGUCAGCAAGAAAGUAUAUCGACAUAUACGCAACGGUGAUAUGUUGCUCGUGAAUCGGCAGCCAACUCUUCAUAAACCUUCUAUUAUGGCACAUCGUGCACGCGUUUUACCGGCCGAAAAGACAAUUAGGCUGCAUUAUGCUAAUUGUCAAUCAUACAAUGCUGACUUUGAUGGUGAUGAGAUGAAUAUGCAUUUUCCGCAGAAUGAAAUUGCACGGGCCGAGGCUAUGUUGGUUGGGAGUGCGGGUGAACAAUAUCUUUCGUCGACGUCCGGCGCACCGUUGAGAGGCUUAAUCCAAGAUCACGUUGUCACUGGUGUAUGGCUAUCAUCAAAAGAGACCUUUUUUACACGGGAACAAUAUUACCAGAUAUUGUAUGGUGCGCUCAGACCCGAUUCAGACGGGAUUGUUGCUCAACCAGUACUUACCAUACCUCCUGCGAUACAAAAGCCGCGAUCAUUAUGGACCGGAAAGCAAGUGAUUACGACCAUCCUAUAUAACGUCACAUAUGGACACAAACAACUAAAUCUUACAUCACGAACGAGAAUAUCGGAUCGGUAUUGGGGCAAAGCUUCUGCGGAAGAAGCUACAGUGAUUGUGAACGAUGGCGAGCUGUUAACAGGUGUUUUGGACAAAUCGCAGAUAGGAGCAUCAUCCUUUGGAUUGAUUCACUCUUGUCAUGAAUUGUAUGGUAGAAACAUUGCCGAAAAACUGCUUGGCAUAUUUGGUCGUCUAUUUACCGCAUAUACACAAUGGCAAGGAUUCUCCUGUCGCAUGGAUGAUUUGCGGCUGACGCCCAAGGGCAAUAAAAUCAGAUGCCAAAAAUUGAGGGAAGGUCCCAACAUUGGUAAAAAGGCUGUGUGGAAAUAUGUAGGAAUGGAAGAUGAUUUUCAAAAUACAGAAAAUCCGAGUGUCAAAAGUGAAUUUAUUGGUCGCAUGCGAGAGGUACUCCAAGAUGACGACAAGCAUAAGGACUUGGAUUCGACAAUGAAAUCGGAAGUGAAUGUUUUAACAUCUUCGAUAAUCAGCUCUUGUAUACCGAAUAACUUGUUGGUGCCGUUUCCUUCAAAUAAUAUGCAAAUGAUGACUGCCGCGGGGGCAAAAGGAAGCAAUGUGAACGUUUCCCAAAUUUCCUGUCUAUUAGGUCAACAAGAAUUGGAAGGCAGGCGUGUCCCGGUCAUGGCUAGUGGGAAGACAUUGCCAUCUUUUAAGGCGUACGACACAUCACCAAUGACCGGUGGAUAUGUCGGUGGGAGAUUUUUGACUGGUGUAAACCCUCAGGAGUACUUUUUCCAUUGUAUGGCCGGUCGUGAAGGGUUAAUUGACACAGCCGUCAAAACCAGCAGAUCUGGCUAUUUGCAAAGAUGCCUCAUAAAGCAUCUAGAAGGUCUUAUUGCCAAUUACGAUGGCACCGUUCGAAACAACAGUGACGGAUCGCUAAUACAGUUUCAUUAUGGUGAAGAUGCCUUGGAUGUCACAAAGCAAAAACAUCUUUACAAGUUUGACUUUGUAGCUGAAAACUGGAAAAGUUAUAAUACCAAGUAUGGUUGUAAAGCGUUGGAAAAAGAAGCUGCACAAACGAGACGAGUACGAAAACUUAACAAGAAGGCUCUGGAGAAUCCUAAUAAGUACGAUCCUGUAAUAUCUAAUUCAGAGAUGUUCCCAUAUAGCACACUUGGAUCCGUGUCUGAGCAUUUUGAAUCAAGUCUUCAGAAGUUUAUAAAAAACAAUAAAAAACUUGUCGGUAAAAAAGAUGAAGAUAAACCAGGAAGAAAGCUUUUCGGUUACAUAAUGCAUAAGAAAUAUCAGCAGAGUCUUGUUGAACCGGGCGAGGCGGUUGGUCUGUUAGCCGCUCAGGGUAUCGGCGAACCUUCGACACAGAUGACUUUGAACACUUUUCAUUUUGCUGGCUUUGGUGCAAAGAACGUGACUCUGGGUAUUCCACGGCUGCGAGAGAUUUUAAUGGUUGCAUCGACUUCGAUAAAGACACCAAUGAUGCGACUACCGCUAAAGACCGGUGUUGGUAAAAAGGAGGCAGAGAAAUUUCCCACAACUUUAAGUAGGUUGACUUUAGCAGAACUUGUCGAUGAAAUUGUCGUGACCGAGAAAACAGAUAAACGAAGGCUCGGGAGCAGCUGGAAAAAAGUUUAUAAUGUUAGAAUGAACUUGUUUCCCAGUGAGGAAUAUGUGGAUGAAUUUGACAUUUCUCCGAAGCAGGUGGAAAACGCCAUUGGAUCCCGGUUUAUUACAAUGCUUCGCGCUUCGGUAACAAAGUUCCUUGAAAGAAAAAAGAAAAAAGAUGCAGAUAUUGGCAAAGCCUUGAAAUUUACAGAACCAAUUACGGACGAAAUUACGGAUGACGUUGUUCCAGCACAAAGCCAGCCUGGGGAUGAAUCCGAUGAUUGUGAUGGUGAUGCAACCGCGUCACGCAUGAAUUCAAGACGCAAACAGAUGGUAUCGUACGAUGAGCCCGAUGAAGAUGAUAUGGAAAUAAUAGUUGAAUCUGAUGAAAUCAAUGAGAAAGAUGAUAACAAUGUUGCAGAAAAAGACACCGACGGUGCGUCAUCUAAAAAACAGUCGAACUCACGAAGUGGGGGUAUUUUAACUAUCAGUCAUAAGUUUGAUAAUGUGAACGGUGAAUGGUGUGAGAUAGACGUCCAG